AUGGAUCAAAGCGAAAGUAUUCAAAAUGAUCAAAGUAUUUAUGAAAGUGAAAUUUUUUUCGAACCGGAUCUAAAUGAACAUAUUCAAAAUGAUCAAAGUAUUUGUGACAACUGUGAAAGCGAUUAUGAAAAUGAUACAAAUGAUCAAAGUGAUCAAGAACUGGCAUUAUUUAAUAAUAAAAAAAAGUCAAAGAUUAUAACGAAGCCCAAGCCUAGCUUCAAAAGUUAUUGGCUUAAUGAGUUUAAAUGGCUUCAAUAUGAUAGGGUUUCUCAACGAAUGUUUUUAGAUAAAGAAUCAGGACAACUUACACAACAACAUACAAAUCAUAUAAUUGGAGUUAUAAAAAUUGUAUAUACUCUUAUAAAACAAGAAAUAGCACUAGCUAAGCUUCCAUAUUUCGUUCAAAUGUCUUAUGAAUUGGAGUCUCCAUUUAUUGUAGAUGGUUCAAUUACUUAUGAAAAUGAAGUAUCUGGCCAUGAAUUUGCAUUUGCAAUAUCGAAUAUAAUUAAGGCUGAAAUAUGGGAAGAAAUUCGUGAAUCUGUAUCUUUUGGAAUUAUGAUCGAUGAGAGUACAGAUAUUUCUACAAAUAAACAUAUAGAUAUUUAUAUAAUGUAUCCAAAUAUUUCAGGAAAUAUAAAGACACAUUUUUUGCAAUUACUUGCACUUGAGCAAAGUGAUACAAAACAAUCACUACAAACAUUGGCUUGCAAAGAUUCACAAAAACAGCUUGAUUACUUUAUUAUUGCUGAGGCUACUAUUAAAGAUGUAUAUAAAUUUUAUAAAAAUUCUGCAAAACGAAUUAAUAUACUUCAAGAAUAUCAACAAAUUCUUGAUUUUCCUAAGCUACGAUUAAAAAAAUUAAAAGAAAUACGAUGGCUUGGCUAG